AUGUCGCGAUUCUCUAUUGAAAAAGAUGGCACCCCGUGCCCGGUUCGUUCAUCAUUCACACAAUCGGAAAAUAACCACCAGAGUACCAGAAACCCACCCACAUCCUUUCCUUUGAUUGCUCCUGGGAGUGACAUCGACGAUGAUUACAUUGAUGAUCUGGACUACACGAGAGCUACACCUGCUGAUUUUCACUUAUUUCCUAUUACUGGGCGAACCCGUAGGCGACGGGCAGUCUUGCAUGAGCCGCCUAGGAGGAUUACUGGAUUCGUGCCGGCUCACAAUCAACGGGCAAGUGAUGAGAAAGGAAAAGAAAAGGCCCGGGAACGGGAGCGAGAGUGGGAGGGGGAAAAGGAGAGGGAGAGGGAAAUGGCAAAGGAACUGGAGACGGAGAAGGAAAGAGAGUGCGAGAGUGUGAGAGAGCAAGGGAAUCUGCGACCAUCGGAGUCAAACUUCUACACUGAUGUAGCAUUAGCUCUGCAACCACAGCCGAUCCGUGCACAAUCUCUACAUCAACAACCGCGCCGAGUGUUAAUGAAAAGAAAGUUAAAUGCCAAAAGUCGACGCAGAAUUAGUGCUCUGCUUGCUGCCAGGACGAAGCAGCAGGCAGAGGCCUCUACCGGUUCUCCCAACACCGCUGAAUCUAAGCCUACCAGUCAAUUGGAAAGCUUACAACCUGCGGGUAAUGAAGCACUUGGGGAUAAAACUUAUAGCACGGCAAAUGUUGGACUACGCCCACCAGUGGAUGAAUUCAAGCGACCUGAGAAGAAGCCAUUCCUCGCACCGCCUAAGCGGAGAACACUUCAGCCCCAAUUGAGACUUUCUCACCAUUCUGGAUUCGAUGCACCUCGCUGUGGGAACGCUGGUGGUAAGGAGAAUAUACCUCCUGGAGAGGAAGGGGCCAAAAUAGGAGACCAAGAAACGUCCAGGAGGAUACCGGCAAACUUUGACAGGAACUUGAACGAGAGGAGGUCCGAAAUCAAACACACAGCUCCGUUCAAGCCCAGGGCCACCCAACCCAUGCCCACACCACCACGUGAAUCCAUGAAGAGACUCAGUGAAGCUAUGGCUCCGGAUGGGGAGGAUAGAUCAUUCGGCUCAUCCAUACCCUGUGCUAAAUCUACGAGUUCUCAACGAAGCUCGCUGGAAGACCCUAGACAGCUCCGUCUAAAGCGCAGGAAGAUGAGCAAUAGACUUCUACCAACGCCGCCAUCAUUAUCACGGGAGGAGGAGGCAGAAUUGGCACCAUAUUCGCUCCGUUUGGACCCACCCCCGCCGAUAGCUUCCUUCCGUCAUGUGAACGAUAAGUCGACUAAGCUACAACUGAAUCCUCUUCUCAAAGAAGAUAUAUCAAGAACUGAGAUGUAUGAGGACUCUUGGCUUUUCGCCCAGGAAUCCUCCGUUUCGCAACUCCUCAAUUCGAUUCUUUCCCCAACAUUCGCGGAACGCUCGGAUCCCCAGACAGGUGAAAUUCGGACGCGUUUUGUGAGUGUAUAUUCCUCGCCCCCGUUCCCUCUCUUGUUCAAACGAUUACAAGCUAGCUUGCUCUAUGGAGCUCUAGCAGUCCCCAAAGAUGUUUUGGAGAAAAGCUCAGCGGCGAAACUUAGUGGCGGUGGUGCGGGUUUGAAUGGCCAAGGCUGGGGAUGGGCAGAAGAUUUAGCUGUGAGGAAGAAGUUUCUCAAUCUCAUUAUGGAAACUUAUGAGACCGUGGCCUUGGUUCCUGGGUUGGAGGUGGUCAUUGGUAGAGAGAUGUUUGUUACUACGCCUAAGACUGUUUUGGAUCAAAGGAAAGUUACCGAGGGCUUUGUUGAAAGGUACCUGAUGCGCAGCGAGGAUACUCUGACUUGCCCUCCAAUCGAGGAUAGUUGCAGGAGAGGCGCUGCAGAACGGCAUUCCCAAGGUGAUAAUGAAGAUUGGGGUAGUCCAAUCUGGCUACUCAGGAAGAGUAUCCUACGCAGUUUGAUGCUCGUCUUACUGUUGGACAAGGCCAAGACUCAAGGAAUUUUAGGCCGCAAAAAUUUGUUCAAGAAGGUUAGUAUAAACUUGCUAAGCGUUCCUAAGGAAUGGAAGCACUAACGAUAAUAGUCAUCCCCUCACAAAUCUUCGGCUUCAAUACUGCAUACCUUAUCCAGAUUACUCCUGCCCUCAGUCGGUGACAUUUUGCGACCCCUGGGGCAUCUCAAUUACUUGCCGGAGAUCUCACAGUGCCCGCUAGAGGAGUAUGAGUAUGAGAUCACAAAUCUGGCCGUUGAUAUGCGUGAUGGGGUCCGCCUCACUCGUGUUGUUGAACUACUCCUUUCCCCGAGAUCUCCGGCUGCCAUUGCUGGGAAAACCCCUCAAGCGAAAUGGCCCCUUAGCUCGAACCUCAAGUUCCCAGCAACAUCUAGAGCUCAUAAAUUGCACAAUGUCUCCAUAGGACUUUCGGCCCUAAACUCCGUUGGGGGUAACCCGCGGGGUGUUAGUGCGAAGGACGUUGUAGAUGGGUCCAGGGAGAAAACUGUGGGAUUACUCUGGGGUAUCGUGAGUCGGUGGGGUCUGGAGCAGCUUGUGGACUGGAAUGAAGUCAAGCGGGAAAUCCGAAGCCUCCAGGCUCGUAAGGUGCCGGCGCAUACGAGAUACUCUGCCUUGCUCGUCACGGAUUGCUGCAACAACGGGCCUACGAAUCAUGUUCGGUUGUUGAAGGAUUGGGCAGGAUGUAUCGCGGCGGCUCAUGGAAUCCAGGUCGAUAACUUGACGACGAGCUUCGGCGAUGGGCGUGUUUUCCAAAAGAUUGUUGAGGAGUACGAACAGUACUUCCCGGUGGGUGUAAGGAGGGAGAGGGAUGCCCCGCUAAAGGCCAAGUUGCGGGCCCUCGGCUGUAGCUCCUACUUUGGUAGGUUUCGGCUGGGCUUUCUGUAUGAAUCGUGUACUGAUUUGUCCCCAAUUCCCAGCUGGUUUAUUUGACGAUGUGAAGAGAACGGAUAAAGUCUUUAGCAAAGAUUUUGUUAUUGCUGGAUUGGCGUACCUGUGUUCGAGAUUGUUCCAGUGGUCUAUAAAAGAACGGGUAUGUCAGAUUAUUACCUUGCUUAUUGGGAUUAGGGGUGAUAACGUUUUAUAGGCAGCAGCUGCGAUCCAGAGGUCCUAUCGUGCUUACUUAUGCCGCCGCGAUGCCCAUAAGCGGAUCAAUCUUUUGCUACUUGCUCACCAAUGCUCGAAUGUCGUCAAUACUCGCAACCGCAUCAUCAACGCUGCCACCACAAUCCAAACUGCCUACCGGCAAUAUCUUCACAUCAAGAUCACUAAGCUCAUUGAUAGCAUUACGAACCUUCAAUCAGCUAUCCGCGGGAAGCUGCUGCGCCAAAAGUCGGUGAAAUACGGGUCUAUGGUGGUGUAUUUGCAGCAGAAAUGGAGAAAUGUCAGGGAAUAUAGGUUUCAGCGGCGGAUUGGAAUCGCAAGAGAAGCUACAAUAGGAUUCCAAGCCCUAGCUCGAGGUUUGCUUCUCAGGAACAACCACCAAAACUUACGGAGUGCUGUGUCCAUUGUUGGGAGACGCAGAAGGAUGUGCUUAGAGGGGCGAAUAGCGCGCGCCCAGCACAUUAUUUUGAAAGAAGCGACCCUCAAGAUUCAAAGAUGGUGGAGGGAUCAGAUGGCUAUACGUGAUCCGAGGAGGGAACUCACGCUUGCUGUCCAAAGCACCAUAAGAUUACAAUCUUUCAUUAGAGGGAAAUUCGCUCUUAACAACUAUAAGUCACUUUCCGCUGCUGCAUUAUUCGUCCAAAGAGGCUAUAGGUCCUGCAGGGAUGGACGGACAGCGCAACUCGAGUUCCUCGGCCUCCGAUUAGCUACUCUCGACGUUCAGCGGCGCUACCGGUCCUCCUUACAAGCUCGAGAAGAUAGGCAGCGAUAUAUCAUACUUCGCACACGUUCAAUUCAACUUCAACGGCACUGGACCGAACUAGCUCACAGGCGCGGUGCUGCUAUUGUCCUGCAGAGAGCUUGGAGAAGGUUCGCCUGGCUAGUCAGACUGCGAAAGAUGCUUGGUGAAGUAGUUACUAUCCAGAGUUUAUGGAGGGGUUACAAGACCAGACAAGAAUCUAGUGCACGGGUUAGGAUUGCUAGGAGACGUGUUUCUAAGGUUAUGUCAACCCCUAUAUCGGAAGGGGAUACCUUAGUCGGCAGACUGAACAAAGGCUUGGAAUUGAUGACGACAGCAGGCGGGUAUGGCAGAGGUGUUAUGCAACUCGGUAUCUUCCCCUCCACUAUGAGCAAGCAAACAGAACUAACUGAGAAUAGAACUUGCAACCCGCUACUCACGUGAAUGCGUUGCUCUAGCCACCAGCAACGAAACAGCAAUAUCAACCCUCCUCCAAAAUAUUGAAUUCUCAAUCAAUCAAACCCAGAAAUCAAUCUCCUCAAUCCCUGCUCGUAACCUAGUCCUGGGGAUGAACGUGCUAGCAAAUAUUUCAAAGUCAGCAGCUGCAUUGCGCGCCUUGGAACAUCGUACACUUCCGGCACCGGCAAUGGGCCGGAAGAAGGUGUCCACUCACGGCAGCAGCAAUAGCGGCGGCAGUCAGGACAUAUUGGCGAUCCUGCUGGACGCGAUCGAGGUGCUUAGAAGUGCACAGGCUAACACCCCGCAAUCUGGGUUAUUCCUAACCACCGUGGGUGUUUUGAAGGCGUUGCUUGCGAACGAAGUUAUCCGGGCACGCUUCGUCGCAAGGAAGAAGUGUAUCGAGAGGAUCUCCAGGUUGGUGGACAAGAAUAGGACGGAAAGUACGAGGAAAGGUGUUACUGCUUCUAGAGCCGCUGGUGUUGGUGGUAGCAAGGCGGCUCCAUUAGUGAAGUUAUUAGCACUGGAGGGUAUAAUCACACAGCUUGGAAAUUAAGAAUUACGGUAGUAUUAUAACUUUCAUAAGGAGGUAGGGGGGUUCACAGGGUAACCAUGAACAAGGCCCGGGUAGUGCCUUGCCCGCACACGGGUGGUUUUCGGAUGAAAGGUGUCCUGGUUAAUAUUUGGGUUUUAUAUACAAAGACUGGGAUAAAUUAUUCUGUGUAAUUAGGGUGUUAUUUUAUGUCCAGUUUUUUUUUCCUUCAACUCGAGAUGGGGGGAACUGCGAUGAUGAUAUGCCGCCACCCCUGGCCAGAAGUGUUCGUGCUCCGGGACAUGGUAAACUGCGAGGGUAGAAUACCGGUACGGUAACCACUCAGUGGAGUCCUCGUGCAUCCAGACCCUUGCCAAGAGGAGGAAGUCUAAAAUUGACAAUAGUCUGUGCUAUAUGAGGAAGAAAUAAGAUACAACAUCAAAGCGGAAAGGGGAUCAAACUCGGCUGAUCUUAUUGAGUGGCCAGAGAGUGUUCAAAUGAUUCUCACUGGCUUCAAAGGAGGGAUGAUGUAUACGGCAUAUCUGUACAACUGGAAUUUAAAAAUAAAAUGUAUUAGAUAAUUAGGACAAGACUAAUU